AGAGCGCGGGAACGGCGCGGGGACGCGCGGCCGCUCCGCGCAUGCGCGGCCGUGAGGGGACGGCGAUAAGAAGUGUCCGCCCGGGCCGCGCUCCCGGCCCGCCCAUCGCCCUCUGCCCUUCUCCGGCGCCAUGUCGGGCCUCGGCUGGCUCCUGCUGCUGCUCGCCGCGCUCUGCCCGCCCGCCCUGAGCCUCCGCAAUGCGCCCUCCAAGAUCGCCGUGGUGGGCGGCGGGAUCGGCGGCUCGGCCGCCGCCUAUUUCCUGCGGCAGAAGUUCGGCCAGGGCGUGCAGCUGCACGUGCUGGAGAAGGGAGUGCUGGGCGGCCGCCUGCACACGCUGGACAUGGAGGGGGCCACCUACGAGGCUGGGGGGUCCGUGAUCCACCCCCUCAACCUGCACAUGAAGCAUUUCGUCAAGGAGCUUGGCCUCUCAGUCUCCUCAGUCCAGGGCGGCCUCGCGGGUGUUUACAACGGGGAGGAAUUUGUGUUUGAGGAGAGCAGCUGGUCCUUCAUCAACCUCCUCAAGCUGCUCUGGCACUAUGGCCUCAACUCCCUGCGCAUGUCCAUGUGGGUGGAGGACAUCCUGGACAAGUUCAUGAGGAUCUACCGGUACCAGAUGCACGACUACGCCUUCAGCAGCAACGAGCGCCUGCUCCACGCCCUGGGAGGCGACGACUUCGCCCGGCUGCUCAACCAGACCAUCGAUGAGGCCAUGCAGAAAGCAGGCUUCUCCCAGAAAUUCAUCAAUGAGGUGGUUUGUCCAGUCAUGAGGGUGGAUUAUGGCCAAGGUGUCACCAUCAAUGGCUUUGUAGGUGCUGUGUCCCUGGCCGGGGCACAGGCAGGCCUUUGGUCAGUGAAAGGGGGGAACAAACUUGUCUGCUCUGGCCUCAUCUACUCCUCCAAGGCCGAGGUUAUCCCGGGAACAGUCGUGUCCAUAGAGCCAAAAACCAGAACCAGGCGUGGCGGGGAGCCGGUGAAGCUCUACGAGGUCACCUACAACACGUCCUCGGGGCUGGCGGGGGACACGUACGACAUGGUGCUGAUCGCGGCCCCGCUCGGCCGCAAGCUGGCCAACAUCACCUUCCGCAACUUCGACCCUCCCAUCCCGGAAUUCCCCAACCCCUUCCACCAGACCGUCACCACCCUGGUGCACGGGCGCUUGAACACCUCCUUCUUCGGCUACAGCGACCCCCAGGCUUUUCACCUGGGGGCCAUUUUCACCACGGACAACCCCAAGCUGUUCAUCAACAGCCUGAGCGUGGUGUCCCCCGCGGGGGACGCGGCCACGGGCGGGAAGCUGCCCUUGCAGUCGGCCGUCUGGAAGGUGUUUUCCAAGGAAGAGCUCACCAAGGAGCAGCUCAAUUUGCUCUUCUCCUCCUACGACUCGGUGAAGGUGAAGCCGUGGUUGGCGUAUCCCCAGUACAGCCCUCCCGAGAAGUUCCCUCCCAUCGUCCUGCACGAGCAGCUGUACUACCUGAACGGGCUGGAGCGCGCCGCCAGCGCCAUGGAGAUCAGCGCCGUCGCCGCCCGCAACGCCGCCCUGCUCGCCUUCCACCGCUGGCACGGCCACAGCGCCAGCGUCGACCAGGAGGACCUGCACGAGAAGCUCAAAACGGAGCUCUGAGACCCCCCCCGGGGCUAAUUAACACUGAUAACUCUGUGCUUCCCCCCUCUGAGGAGGUGUUCUGUAGGAUCGUAGCAUCCUUAAAGCUGGAAGACUUUCAAGAUGAUCGAGACCAUCAAGAUCUUCAAGACCUUCAGGAUCAUCAAGACCUUCAAGAUUAAGACCUUCAAGACAGCCAAGUAAUUAACACCAAUAAAGUCUUGGCUUUGCCCCUCCAAGGACGUGUUUUAUAGGAUCAUGGCAUCCUUAAAGUUGGAAGACUUUCAAGAUGAUCAAGACCAUCAAGAUUAUCAAGACCUUCAAGAUCAAGACCUUCAAGACAGCCAGGUAAUGAACAACAAUGAAUUCUGUGCUUUGCCCCUCCAAGGAGGUGUUUGGUAGGAUCAUGGGAUCCUUAAAGUUGGAAGACUCUCAAGAUGAUCAAGACCUUCAAGAUCAUCAACAUCUUCAGGACAGGCAAUUAACAGCCAGAUAAUUAACACCAAUAAACUGGGCUUUGCCCCUCUAAGGAGGUGUUUUGUAAGGAUCCCAUCCAUGAGAUCCUUAAAGUUGGAAGAUCUUCAAGACCUUCAAGAUGCCAUAAUUAACAUUAAUGAACUUUGUGCUUUGCCCCUCCAAGGAGGCGUUUCAUAAAACCAUGGAAUCCUUAAGGUUGGAAGAGCUUCAAGAACUUCAAGACCAUCAGUAUUAUCAAGACCUUCAAGAACAUCAAAACCUUCAAGACCUUCAGGAUCUUCAAGAUCGUAACUCAUCUUGAACUCCCUCAGUGCCACCUGGGAGCUGUUUGGCCAACUCAGGAGGGAGCAGGAGCACUGAGGCGUUCCCAAGUAAGCAAAUUCCUGAGUUUUCCUCAAAUUCCUUGGUUUAUCCCUGUCUGACAUUAGGGAAUUCAUUAAAAGUGCCAUAUUGAUCCCAAAAGUGCUCUCCAGCUGGGAAUAUCAACUUCCUGGCUGUCCCUUCCUGUGCCCCAACUUUUCCAAAGGAAUUAUUCCUCAGCGUGGAAACUGGGAGCUGCCAGAAUGGGUGGGAAAGAGGAAAAACCACCAAUAUCCAUUGCUGUGUUGAGGUAUGAAGGAGGUAAUAAAGAAUUGAACAACC